CCCUCUGCUAUUUUUUGCCAAAAGCAUCUGGCAACGGUGGGCAGGUCGGUCAUGUGACUGGGGUGAGGCCAGGUAGAGGUGUGGGUGGUUGUUCAGGUACAGCAAACAUUCUUAUGUACCCAGCCAACAUCCAACACAAUUGCAGGAGUCAGACCCGGGCGUCAUAUCUCACGUCGGCGCCCCCCCCCCAAGAAACAAUUUCGCAAGCCUACCCGGAGAUAGAUAUAAGAAGUUGGGACUUUUGAGGAACGCUCAAGACGAGGGAGGAAUAAAUAAAAACCUUGGAAAGGGUUAAAGCGCUGGACGCUGACAUCGAGUCUCAAGACAAGAUCAGAAAGGCAUUAUUGUCUUUUAAAGGAGACCAUUGCAUUACAAAUCACUUUGGUGAAAAACAAUAUUUAAAAAAAAGAGUAGCUAGUAUAUUUAUUCGGUAUAUUAUUUAAUCGACAUAUAGUUUGACAACAAUGGCAAUCGUGACUAGUGCCGCUAAAUGUCUGUGUGUGUUUGUGACAAUCGUUCUUGGAGCAAGUGAAGUUGCGACAGCAGCGAACAUGCGGCCCCUGCGUGGCUACCACCUGUGCCGCGGCGAGGUCCUGGUGAACCGCACGACCAUGGUGAGCUACACGGAGUCUUUCGCGAAGCUGUCGCUGUGCCACAGCGGCUGGCUGGCGCAUGUGUGCUACAAGACGGGGUACCGCGUCGCCUACCGGCCCGUCGUCCGCACGCAGCUCGAGAACGACACCGUUUGCUGCGCGGGCUACGAGAGGAGCGGCUCCUACUGUGUGCUACCGCUCACCGAGUCGAGCGUGUUCACGUCGAAGGCGGGCGGCUGCCCGGCUUCGCCGCCCGGCGGCUCCACGGCCCCCUGCGCCAAGGACGGGGACUGCGGCAACGCCACCAAGUGCUGCCCCGACACGGGCGGAGGUGGCGGCCGGCUCACGUGCGCCCCACCGGUCCCGCAAGCGAACACGGGCUACUACGACAUCGAGCUCACUACCACGAUAGAAUACUCGGCAGACCUCCUCGAUCCUCACUCGGCCAGCUUCCUGGAAGCCGCUCGUCUCGUCCACUCGAUGGUGUCGGGCUUGCUGGAGAGCUGGAACGCGACGGGGGUCUACGUGACCGCCUUCGCGCCCUGCACGCUGGGCUUCUGGCGGAGCACCGAGGCCAAGCUGAGGGUCGCCUUCAGCCCACCGAGGACCGACCGCCUGGCGCUCGGCAUGAAGCUGCAAAAGCUGCCCUUCAAAGCCCCCAGAGUGAUGUUCGCAAGAGUCGCAGACGUCAAUGAAUGUAAUGCGCCUGAGCUCAAUUCCUGCCAGAGUGGAACAAAUUGUGUCAACAGAAUUGGAACCUACGAGUGCAAAGGCAACCCGGUUGUGGCGCCCACCACCGCCGAGCCGCAUUCUAGCGGAACGCCACCCUGGAACAGCAGCCUGUCACCUUCAGCGCCCUACCCUCCACCCACAACACCGUGUGGGCCGGAUCCUCUGGCGCCGCCGUAUGCCGUCGUCACCGGCUUCAACGCCGUGAGCUUCGGCCUGAGCUGGGACGCGGGAUGGACGCAGCAGCAGCGGCAGCUCCAGCAGAGCUACGAGCUGAAGUUGUCGGCGCCUCAGAGCGAGGGCCUGGAGCCCACCACGCUGUACAGCCAGGAGCCGCGCUACAACUUCACGGGGCUGCGGCCGGGCGUCGUCUACACCGUGGCCAUCACCAGCAGGCGCUGCGGCAGGAACAGCAGCACCCUCGUCCAGCGGGUCAAGACCGAAUCUCAGGAACUCGUGGGCUCAGUCCGAGUCAUCAACCGAAACUUCACGGCUGCCAUGGCAAACACUAGCAGUGCGGAAUUCGCAAACUUCUCAAGAGAACUCAUCGCAGAGAUUCUGGCGGGCCUUCCGCCCAACGUGGCGGCCCUGGUGGCCAACGGCUUGCUGACCAUCACGGUCAAGGAGCUGUACAGAGGCAGCAUCGUGGCCAUCAUCGACCUGCUGCUGGGCGGCCGCCUCACGGGCCUCACGUUCGACCAGGUGCUGCUCACUCUGGGACAAGCGCUCCAAAACAGCAUGGGGCUGCAGUUCGACUUGGCAGGCCUCAAUGUCACCGACACCAAUGAGUGCGCCAACUCAACCCUCAACGACUGUGCGGAGAACGCCACGUGCGCCAACACCCAGGGCUCCUACAACUGCACCUGCAAUGCGGGCUUCACGGACCCCAGCUCCGUGGUCGCCGGACGCACCUGCCUGGCGAAUACAAACACACAGCCCAGCUCUACUGUGGCACCAGGAGGCAGCACACCCCAGCCCAACGUCACCACAGCAGCUUCCAGUGCCAACUCAACAGUGCCCGGUGCCACAACCCAGCCCAACAACAACGCCACCACAGCAGGUUCCGGCGUCAACUCAACAGUGCCCGGUGCCACAACCCAGCCCAACAUCACCACACCAGCUUCCGGCGUCAACUCAACAGUGUCUGGUGCCACACCCCAGCCCAACGCCACCACAGCAGCUUCCAGUGCCAACUCAACAGUGCCCGGUGCCACAACCCAGCCCAACAACAUCACCACACCAGCUUCCAGUGCCAACUCAACAGUGCCCGGUGCUACAACCCAGCCCAACAACGUCACCACACCAGCUUCCGGCGUCAACUCAACAGUGCCCGGUGCCACAACCCAGCCCAACAACAUCACCACACCAGCUUCCAGUGGCAACUCAACAGUGUCCGGUGCCACAACCCAGCCCAACAACAUCACCACACCAGCUUCCAGUGCCAACUCAACAGUGCCCGGUGCCACAACCCAGCCCAACAACAUCACCACUCCAGCUUCCGGCGUCAACUCAACAGUGCCCGGUGCCACAAACCAGCCCAACAACAUCACCACACCAGCUUCCAGUGCCAACUCAACAGUGCCCGGUGCCACAACCCAGCCCAACAACAUCACCACACCAGCUUCCGGUGCCAACUCAACAGUGCCCGGUGCCACAACCCAGCCCAACAACGUCACCACAGCAGCUUCCGGCGUCAACUCAACAGUGCCUGGUGCCACAACCCAGCCCAACAACAUCACCACACCAGCUUCCAGUGCCAACUCAACAGUGCCCGGUGCCACAACCCAGCCCAACAACAUCACCACAGCAGCUUCCGGCGUCAACUCAACAGUGCCCGGUGCCACAACCCAGCCCAACAACAACGCCACCACAGCAGCUGCUGGCAGUAACACAACAGUGCCCGGUGCCACAAUCCAGCCCAACAACGCCACCACCACCACCACUGCCACAGCAGCUGCUGGCGGUAACAACACAACAGUGCCUGCUGCCACAACCAAGGCCAAUGACACCACCACCACCACCACCGCACCAGCGUCUGCCAGCAACGUGUCGUCGACCGCCGCGCCACAUCCGCCGUCGACUCUGCCCACGGCGUAUCCGGCAUCGGCGAUGACGGUGACGUGCGACGGCUCGUACCUGUACGUGCGGAUGCCGAAGGCGAAGCUCGCCCUGUCGGGGGUGCAGCCGGCGGACGUCUACCUGGGCUUGCGGAGCUGCGGCGCGCAGCAGGGAGCGACGUCCGACUCGCUCGAGUUCAAAUCGGGGUGGAGCGACUGCGGAACCAAAGUCAACAGCAACAUCACACACACGCUGCUGACGAACACGCUGAAGAGCGGCGUCGCCGCGGGGGAGCCCUCCCUGCUCUCCAUCACCGUGUUCUGCGCCCUCAGCAACAACGUGAACGCCUCCAUGGGUUUCCCGGCCUCGGGGGGCUUCGUCAUCAACGACACGGUGUACGGCACGGGCUGGUACUCCGUGUCGCUGCAGAUGUGGCAGAACAACAGCUCCCUGUCCACUGCGCCCGUCCUGGGCACCAACGACAAGCUGGUCCUCAAAGUGAACAUCGCGUCCGCCAACGCGCACAUCACGGCCGUGAUGCAGACGUGCUGGGCCACGCCGGGGCCCAGCCAGACGGACGCUCAGCGAAUGGAGCUCAUCACCAACAAAUGCGCAACCACAAACACGGACCUCAAGAUCAUCGAGAGCGGCACGUCCACGGCAGCUAGCUUCGAACUCACCUUGUACAAAUACGUCACCUACGCGAUGACCUACAUCCACUGCAGCAUCGGCAUCUGCUUGACGACCGCCCAGAAUUGCAAGCCCGUGUGCAGUGGAAGUUCCAGGGCGUCGUACGUCAGGUCCGAGCGAGAAUCAUCGCCCAACGACAACGUGAUCGAUAUGGGGCCCUUUCGCAGACUGGCCGCCACGACCGCCGCGACAGCAACAGCGACAGAGCCGACGACAGGGACCCAGAUCACCCCAUGGCGCAUCGCCACGAUCGUUCUGGGCGUGCUGCUGGGCGUCGCGCUGCUCAUUCUGUUGGCCAUUGCUGCCUACCGCGUCGGCUCUUGCAUACAGGGCGGCAACACGGCUCACUACGCCAUCGAAGACCUCAACAACACGGCCUACGCCUCCUCCAACGCCAUCACCAACAGGAACUACAGGGUGCUGUGACCCCCCCCCCCCCCCACUGACCCCCCCGGCAGUCUGGAGGUCACCGGUGCCGUCAAUGAUGCCCUGCAGUGCCAUCGACGACCCCGGGGACAUCGCGUGAACGUCAAUAGCGGAUAGCGGGACUUACCAACAAGCUUGACUUUCGAGUGUAAAAAAAAUGCCAAAUGCGGUACCGAUGCAAUGACAAAGAUGACCCCGAUUAGCCUUACAGACUGUUGGGGGUGAGCAUUGUUGGUGAGCAAUAAGGCCCAGGGCCACAUGUAGUUUGGAAAACACCAUGCCACGCUGCCUUGGGUCUCCUCAGUAGCUAUGCUCAGAAGCUCGUUCACUUAAGGUCAAGUUAACAUAAUGGACGUCCGGUUUCACAUAUCAAUUGGUCAUUAAUACGCAUGGCUUGGAAUUGAACCCAGGGUUGCCAGGAAAGUAGCAUGGUGUAACUGCACCACCAUUCCCCCACGCGACAACGACAUUCACACACACACAUCACAGAAUAAAAAAAACACUGUAAAUAUAUACACACAUACACAAAGAUCCAGAUAUAGCCAUAAUUGACUUUUGGGA